AUGAUUUAUGCCUUGUUUCUCAUCUGGGUUGCUGCCAGUUCAAGCUCUGCUCAACAGUUUUAUGACCCAUCUGAUUGUUCUUCCGAUACCAGUAAUCAAGGUUCAAGGUACACCUGCGAUUCUGCCCAACAGCCAUGCAGAACAUUCUUAGUUUACAGGGCCAACCAACAUUUCGGACACCAGAACCUGCUGAAUAUCUCUGCCUUGUUUCAGGUCGAAUCUGACGAGUUGCUAGACUUGAACAACAUAGCUUCGCCUUUAGAAACUCUGAAACGUGGUAGAGAAGUUCUUGUCCCUAUAAACUGUUCGUGUUCUGGAGAAUACUUUCAGGCUAGUUUAAGCUACAUAGUCUCUGAAAGAACUUCAUUUCCAGAGAUUGCUUGUGGAGUUUUCGAAGGGUUAUUGAAAUCCUUAACGCUGCUCCAGGAAAACCCAUCUCAAGGGACUGAUGUUGAGACUGGUGUUAAGCUUGAUGUUCCUUUGAGAUGUGCCUGUCCUGGUGGUUUUGCUCGUUUUAAUGGAGUGAAAUAUCUUGUAACAUACCCUAUCCUGGAAGGAGAUGGAAUAACCCCAUUAAGCAUGAAGUUUAGCAUCGCUCCUGAAGAUUUAUUGGCCGCUAACCAUUUGGAACCCAAGUCGACUGUUUAUCCCAACACAACUGUUUUAGUUCCUUUGAAAUCAGAUCCUGUAAUAAACCUCAACGUACCAGAUUCUCCACCUCCAACUCCAGGUUUUCUUCCCACCAUCACAGUUGAAAAAACAAAGAAUACAAAAUUGAGGAAAUUGUAUAUUGCAGGAUCAGUUGUUGGGUUUUUCCUGAUUGUUGUAGCAUUGCUUGCUUGUGGGUUUUAUGUGAAGGCCGUAAAGAAAUGGAAGGGAGAGAGACUACAGUCUUUUACAGAUAGAAACUCUGUACUCUCUUGCUCAACAGCCCGAAGCUCUCCUCGAUCCGGACAAACUGGUAGAAGCUCUACAAAUUCUUGUUUAUCACCUGAUCUUCUAGCCGGGCUUAAAUUUUCUUUGUACAACUAUGGCAUAGAAGAUAUAAAAAGAGCUACAAAUGACUUCAAUGAAGAUACCAAUAAGAUUGGAGAGCAAGUCUACAAGGGAUUGAUUGACAAUGAAAGUGUAAUGAUCAAGCAGAUGAGAUGUGAAGACACCCGCCAGGUUAUAGAUAUGCAUUCUAAGAUAAAUCACGUUAAUAUUGUGAGCCUCCAUGGUGUUUGUUAUGGUGAAAAUGACUUAGCCUGGUCAUAUCUGAUUUUUGAACUCCCUACCAAUGGCUGCUUAAGGAACUGUUUGUCGAAUCAGGCUAAUCGUCUCAGCUGGCGUCGAAGGACUCAAAUAGCUUUUGAUGUAGCAACCAUUUUGAAUUACUUACAUUACUGUAUUUUCCCUUCGUACGCUCAUUUGAGUGUAAAUAGCAGGAAUAUUUACGUGACAUCGAAAUGGAGGGCAAAGCUAGCAAAUAUCGGAUCGACUCUUGCUGUCAGCGCAUCGACAAUGAAUGACAAGGUUGUUACUGUCAAUGGGUUGGUAGCACCACAGAAUCCCAUGAAUGAAGCAGCAUCAGUGAAAGUGGAUGUUUUUGCAUUUGGGGUUGUUUUGCUUGAGCUCAUCUCAGGGAAAGAGGCCGCUCAAGGAACUUUCCUUAAAGAUUCAAUUCGAUUUUUGGGAGGGGGAGCAAAUGAAGAAGGUUGUUUUGAGCAAUUGAGGAGUUUCAUCGAUCCAAGUCUGAAAAAUGAAUAUCUGAUAGCUGAAGCUUUAUGUUUAGCAGUUUUAGCCAAGGCUUGCAUAGAGGAUGACCCUCUCAGAAGGCCAUCCAUGGAUGAUAUCCUCAAAGUUCUUGGAAGAAUGGUGUAAUAAUUUGUAAGCAAAUAUGGUAGAAAACAUCAGAAAUAUUAUAUUUUCUACCAGGAAUUUAAUUUUGACUAGUCUUCUUGAUGGUAGCUUGUAUAUGGGAUAAUUAAAAUUUUCCCCCAAAAAGCUUAAUUGGCGAAUGAAUUCCUGAAAUGUUGAGCAUCUUU